CUAUCAAAUGAAUGCCGGUUCGUUAUCCAACGCCUGUAACUGCCACUUUCAAGGCGACUGCAGCUCGAAAACCUGUCGACCGUUGACAUGUCACGCAGGGUUCAUCCCGAAUAGGUUAGCAAUCGAUAAGGUUAAAUCUAUUAUUGGGCAGUGAGGAAUCCAGGAACGGCCGUUACACAGAGUUGGGGCGUGGUUGACUUCAUCUCUCCGUGCCCUGUUCUCUCCUUUGCUCUUUUCAUUUCUUCUCACCCACAGUCACUCGCUAUCUCGACCCGCGCUCGCUUGCACAUCGCUACACAGCGCCUUACAGCGCCUACUUCUCUCAUUUGAGCCACCGUCUAACGCCCGUCGCUGAUAGCCGUCAUGUUUCCCCCGCUCCUCCUCGCAUUCAGUCUCCUCCAGCACCGCGCAUGCGCGAGCUCCUCAGUAACAUGGCUCCAACCGCAGCGCAGCGCAAUCGUCAAGCUCGACACCCCUGGCUACACUCUUUGGCAGAUGGACAAGGCGACUGCGCCCAUGCUCUACAAGAACGCCGAGAAUUUCUACUGGGAGGGCGAUGGACCGUCCGCCGUACUCCUCAAUCUCACGAUAUCCCCGGAUAGCAAGACCUUGUUUCUGAAUCGGCAAGCGGUACUGCCGCUGGAAGACGGAAACGUACCCCCAAGAAUUACGGCGUACCAAGUCCCCGCCAACAUCACGGAAGACAAAGUCAGAGGGAUGGCGGACACGGGUCUCCUGGGCAGCUGGCCGUACUGGGAAGAUCUCACGCUCGGCUGGCGGCUUCUGGAACUGGAUUACGAUCGCAUCCCGGAUACACGGCCCAGCGAGGACCAUGUAACGAUGCUGAAAUUCCGCGUCAUGGGCAUCGGCGCGCAUAGCAGGAGCGACAUGCUAGAUGCUCGACAGCAGAAGGUCGUGCACAUCACGCUUUCAGAUAAGAGUCAUGAAUGUUCGGCCCCGGCGAAGCGCUCAUACGCGAUUACGAAUAUUCGGUUCGUAAGCGUUGCAGCGAGCUAUGGGCGUGUGCCGGAUCAAGAGCAGAAAGAGGAGACGUGCUCGCUGUGGUCGUGGAGAUGCCCCGACCCCCCGGCAUUCCCGGAUAACGCGCCGUAUUAUCGAUUCAUUUGGCGGGCGCGGUUCGAUGAGUUCGGGCGGAUCGGGUCGCUAAGGCAUGCGGUAGUCAGGAAGAUGAGUCUCCUGAAGGUGGUUUGGGAGGAUGCCGGGUCGGCUAUGAUGAUGAGUUUUGGGAUCUUGAUGAGCUUGGCAUUGGGGAUCCUGGCUCUCUUCAAGGUCGUGAAAUGGCGAGAGGCUAGAAAGGCCAGAUUGGUGCGAGACCUGAGUGAGAGGGACAGCUUGCUUGGUAUGGACGUUGGGGAGAUGUAUCAGGAUGCUGAGGAGGGAGAGCAUUGGGUUGCCCCUCCGCCCUUGAUGGUAGAUUUAGCGUCGAAGGAGGAGACCAGUGCUUGACGUAUCUGCUAUCUAAUGAGCAAGUAGACUAUUCGUCUCGUUCGGUUCCAAAUAGAAGAUUUUGAAUGUGACG